GACGAGGCAACAUGGCUCCCGGAGGUGGAAGGAAGAGGCAUCACCAGUUUUGAAGCGGCGAAGAGCGGCCGGAGAGGGAAAAAAAGAGAAGUGACUAGAGCCCGUCAUCGCUUUUAUUCUCCUAGCCUCUCCUAAAUCCGGUUGGCUUCACCCCUUCUCUCCACCCAAAUCCAAUCUGUGGUCUCCUCCCCACCCCGCCCUCACUCCUUCGCUUGCUCACCCCUCCCCUCGGGAAUCCUUUUCCCGCCCCCCUCGCCCCCCGUGGAGUGCGCACGCGCCCGCCCUCAGCUUCGCGCCCAGAUCGCCGCCUAGCUUUUUCGCGCAGCCGCCGUCUCGUCUGCCCACCGACCAAGCAUGGGCGUCCAGGGCUUUCAAGAGUUCCUGGAGAAGCGCUGUCCCGGGGCUGUGGUGCCCGUGGACCUCCUCAAACUCGCGCGCACGGUCUCGCGCCAGCAGCAGCAGCAGCACCAACAUCGCCAACUGCCGCCUACGGCACCCUUAGCGCCCGGGGCUCCGCGCGCCGCCCGGAGCUCCGCUCCUCAGCAACCGCCGCUCCCGCCCGCUGCCUUGGGUGCCUACUCCGGGGGCGCGGGGCCGACUCGGCACCAUCACCCCGCUCACCACUUCAACCACCACGGCCAGGCGCAGCCCGGUGUGCACCCGCCGCCGCCGCCCCCCCCUCCGCUUCCCGGGGCCCGGGUGCUGGUAGACGCGGGCUCGGCGCUGCCGCGGCUUUAUGGCGGCUAUCAGACGGAUUGGGUGUGUGGCGGCCAAUGGAACGCCAUGCUGGGCUACUUAUCAGCGCUGUGCCAGGCUUGUGCCUAUCCCGGCGGCGACGGCCUGGAGCUGGUGGUCAUGUUCCCCGGGGGCCUGGGCAAGGACCGGCUGGCUGAGUGGGGCCGUCGGUGCCAGGCCGAGCGGCAGACAGCGCAACUGAUCGUGGGACACGUGGGCAACAAGGGCACCCCUCCUCCACGGGCCUGGUUCCUGCCACCGGCCUGCCUGAGCCACUGCGUGAGGCUAGCACUCAUCCGCUUCCGGGUCAAGGUCUUUCAGAGCCUUGAAGACCACCAUUUGGAAGUGGUGGCUUUCUUGAGGGAAAAUGGCUUCCAUGGCCUUCUUGCCCAUGACUCCGAGUAUGCGCUCUACAAUAUUCCCUUUUACUACAGUUCCCAUGCUCUGAAGCUGAGCUGGAAUGGGAAGAACCUCACUACCAACCAGUUCCUGAUGCAGGAGGUGGCCAAGCAGCUGGGCCUGAAGCGGAUGAAUUUUCCCAUAUUUGCUGCACUGCUAGGUAACCACAUUCUCCCAGAUGAGGACCUGGCUGCUUUUCAUUGGAGCCUCUUGGGACCAGAACAUCCCCUUGCAUCACUGAAGGUCCGAGCUCAUCAGCUGGUUCUUCCUCCCUGUGAUGUGGUGAUCAAGGCUGUUUCUGAGUAUGUUAGUUCCAUCAAAGACCCCUCUAACCUGGAUGUGGUUGGGAAGGAUGUUUUCAAACAGUCUCAGUCCAGGACAGAAGAUAAAAUAGAGCGAUUCAAGAAAGCAGUUGAGUACUAUUCAGUCACAACCAAACUUUCUUCGCUGCCAGUGGGUCCCUCCUCCUUUCUAGCUUCAGGUUUUCGUAAUAAUCGACUUGGAAAUCCUCCCCUUCCACGGCAUCCAAUGGGCACUAUCUCUGCUGGAAAGCCAAUGUUUUCUCACCACGUGCCCCAGAAAAUGAAAUAUCCACCAUCAUUCCCAAUGGGACCCAACUCCUCUCUCCUCUUCUCCUCCCAUGCUUUGGGGGAAUCCCGUGCUUUUUCUGAGGACCCCAUGCUACAGAACAGCCCCUUUGCCAAUUGGGCUGUCUCUUAUGACUCUUCUACACCCCAAUUUCCCAAUUACCUGACUUCCAAGGCCUCAUCUCCUCUGGGACCAGACUCUUCCCACUCUUCCUCUGAUGGUGAUGAGCCAAAUGAAGCCAGCUCUCAUCACAUCACAGAAACCCUUCAGCAGCCACCUGUAUGGGAGGACCCAACUGAUGACAGAGGGUCCUGGGUACAGCCCAUUGAUACUGGAGUUUCAGAUGCCAGCCUGGGGGAUGGUGAGCCCCACAUCCCAUCUCUGCUGUCUAUGUCUACAAGGAACCACAUGGACAUCACCAUUCCACCCUUACCUCCAGUAGCUCCAGAAGUCUUGCGAGUUGCUGAACACCGACACCGAAGGGGUCUUAUGUACCCAUAUAUCUACCAUGUCCUCACUAAGGGUGAGAUCAAGAUCCCCGUAUGUAUUGAGGAUGAGUGUAACUUGGAGCUGCCUCCAGCUGCUCUCCUGUUCCGGUCAGCUCGUCAAUAUGUGUACGGAGUCCUUUUCAGUCUGGCAGAGACACAGCGGAAAAUGGAACGCCUGGCCAUACGACGACGGCUGCCUGUGGAAGUUCCUUCAGUGAUCCUUAAAGAGUGGUCUGCCUACAAAGGGAAGUCACCUCAAACCCCUGAGCUGGUGUCUGCACUGACAUUUCGGGAAUGGACUUGCCCAAACCUCAAGAAGCUCUGGCUAGGCAAAGCAGUUGAGGACAAGAACAGAAGGAUGCGGGCCUUCCUGGCCUGCAUGAAGUCAGACUCACCCAGCAUGCUCAAUCCAGCUAAUGUCCCCACCCAUCUGCUGCUCAUGUGCUGUGUACUCCGGUACAUGGUUCAGUGGCCUGGUGGCCGAAUCCUGCAUCGCCAUGAGCUAGACACCUUCCUUGCACAGGCAGUAUCUACCCAGCUUUAUGAACCAGAUCAACUUCAAGAACUCAAGAUUGAGAAACUGGAUGCUCGAGGUAUCCAGCUUGCUGCCCUCUUCAUGAGCGGAGUCGACACGGCUCUGUUUGCUAAUGAUGCCUGUGGUCAGCCAGUCCCUUGGGAGCAUUGCUGCCCUUGGAUUUACUUCGAUGGCAAGCUGUUCCAGAGCAAGCUAAUUAAAGCGGGCCGAGAUCGAGUAUCCCUGGUUGAGCUCUGUGAUGGCCAGGCUGACCUGGCAACCAAAGUGGAAAAGAUGAGACAGAGUAUCCUUGAAGGAGUCAACAUGAACCAUCCACCGCCUUCUGCUCUACUUCCGUCACCUACUUUUGUGCCUCCCAUGGUGCCCUCUCUGUACCCUGUUUCACUUUAUUCCCGAGCCAUGAGCUGUAUGCCACCUCCCCCUCAAGGAAGGAGCCGGGGCUUUGCAGGUCUCCAUCCAAUCCCACCCCAAGGAGGAAAACUGGAGAUUGCCGGGAUGGUUGUGGGUCAGUGGGCUGGCAGCAGAUCCUCUAGGGGCCGAGGCUCCUUUGGCAUGCAGGUGGUUUCUGUCGGUGGGCCAGGAAAGGGGCAUGGAAAAGAACAGACUGGUAGAGGAUCCAAAGGACAUAAAAAAGGAUAUAAACAAGGCACUUCAGAUGGAGUUUCUAAAUCCUUGGAGCCUAAUCAGAGUCGAUCCCGCUCACAGGUAAAUGGAGGCAAUGUCACAUUGAUCAAGGAAGAGAAGAGUGAGCAUCAUCUUCCAGCUCCAUCCCCGUGUGCCUUAUCCAGAGACAGCAGCAUGUGUAAUAAUGGUAAUCGCUACUUCCCCAUGAAGAAUGUGGGGAAGAGCCGCUUGCGAGAGCAAAAACUGGGAACUAUGGCACAACAAAAAGAGGAAUAAUAACAAGCUGCAGAUGGAUUUACCAGAUCAGGAAGAGGGGAAAACAUACUUUUCUGAUUUUAGGCCCAAGUUAGAGGAGGACAUAAAUGCUUACACUAGAUUUAUCCAGGAUUUUGUUGGGCUGUCCUUUUAUAUCUAUCUUUUCCCCUUCCCUGUCUUUUUCUGGGCCUCCAGACUUAGCGGUCUGCUUCUGGGGAAGCUCUGGUCAAAGAUGAAUGGCAAUAGGACUAGCUCCUAUUGUCAAAUUGAAUAUAGAGUGCCAGUAUUCUCUUUACCUCCCCUGGGAGCCUAGUAAGGCAGUGACUGUCAGAAUUAGGGUGUCAUCACAUAAGGCCAUAUAUAGAAAAGUGCCAACUUCAGUUUUCUGAGUUUUCAUCAUGAUACUCACAAAACCCACGAGGUGGUGGGGACACCUGCCUAUGGCUUCCUAAGUUGCUUUUUGCUCUAUAAAGGAGUGGGGCCUUUGUAUAUAAUCGGUAUUUACCUCUUUCUUGCUCCCCCCUCACCUACCCCAGGAGUUUGUACCACCGCCUCUAGCUCUGGCCUGACAAUCAGAAAGAUAGAUGUUUUCAGGGAAGUGAGGUAGUAUUGGUUAUUUUAUUUUUAUCUUUAUUUUAUUUUAUACACUUAAAAAAAAAACUACCAAUGGCCUUUGUACUGGGGGAUUCAAGUGAGUCGCAAAAGUACUGGGCAGAUUUUUCCUGCCUCUGAACUAACGCAUUGUUUGUAAAAUAGUUGAUGUGGUGCAGUUCGCCCACUCCCUGCUGCCCAUACCCUGAAAGGGUGGAAAUCGAUGUAAGACACUGAGUACGAAAGGGAACUCAAAAGACUGUGUGUGUGUGUGUGUGUGUGUGUGUGUGUGUGUGUGUGUGUUCACGUGCGCACAUGUGCACAUUUGUGUAUGGGUGCGUGGGUGGAUGUAUAUAUGAAUGUGUGUAUCUGUAUGCAUACACAUACCCUUUAUAUAAAGAGACAGAUCUAUUUAUCUAUACAUAUUUUAUAUAUAUAAAUAUAUGUAUAUGUGUGUGUGUAUAUAUAUCUACAUAUAGAUAUAUUCAUAUAUACAUACAUACACUACAUACAUACAUACAUGGUGAUAUCCCAGAGGAUUUACUGAAUUUCCCAGAAAUGCUUCCAUAGCAACGGAGUGGUAGGUUUCAAAAGACCACCCUUUAAAAUCCUUACUAAGUCACAGCCCAUCACAAUUCUGAGAAGAUGGAUGGGCUUCUCUAAAGCAGACAAAAAGUACUUUCCAGAGAUUGCCUGUUCAGAACAACAGUUGGGUUGUCACCAGCUUAUUCUUGAACAGAGCCCUCACAUCCCAUAUGGUGAAAACAGGAGGUUGGAACGGGAUUGGGAAGAUUUGGGCAUUUCCUUUUGAAGGAGCAGCCUAGAUCUGAGAGAGAAAGGCGAUAGGAAGUGACCAUCAGGGCUUGCAGCCAAUUUGGAGGAAAUCUCAUUCGGAGCUCCAGGAUCAAAUUGGCCUCAGGCUAGAAUUGAUUGCCAUGCGUCCCUGAAGGAGAGAGGACUAGCAUUGGAAAGACAGGUAGGGAAGUGUGAGGAAAUCGACAGUUUGAUUUUACAUACCUAGAUUGUUUCAUUUGUUCACUGACAUUUUGACUACUGGAUCUUUUCAUUUGCUUUGCAAGGAAGACUUCAGAGGACUCUGGCCCGGGCCUUUAGGGAUUCCCAGGCCCCAGUAAGGCCAGAAUCUGCCCAGGACAAAGAGGCUAUUCCUCCUCAACAGAGAUACUCUUAAGACAACCUUGCAUUUCCAGUUUCCCUCCUCAGCAGUCUAAGUAUGAGGGAUGGGAACAUGGCUUGCAACAGAUUAGCAUUGUGUCUUCAUUUAGGAAUUGAGGCCUUCAGCCUCACACACCUCCUUUGGGCUUUGUGAUAUUUUUGCCCAAGAAGUACUAUUUCUACAGGAGUACAACUGACUAGACUUCUAGCAGAGUUCUCUCUCUCUUUUUGAAAAACUCCAUGCACUUUAACCCACUGCAGGUCCUUGUUGAUUUUUUUCCAGACAACCAGACAGCUGUUUGCUUACUGCCUACUUACAAUGAAUAUGUCAUGAGAGAUUGAAAACAGUCUCAGACUGUUUAAUCCUAGUCUGGCCCAGUUUAAGAAAACCUACAAUUUGCAGGAGGAGGGAGCCCUAGAAUUCCUCUCCCCUUGCCCAGAUACUUCUUACAUGAACCAAAGCAGAAUGACAAGAAUGCACACCAAGCCAGAUAUAUAACCAGUAGCAAGAUGUACAAAAAUCUCCUCUGUGGAACUGGCCCCCCUAAUUUGGUCCCCACUCUUCUCUUGGACCUGCCCAACCUUUCACAACAUCUUGAAGGUUAUGACUUCUAUAUCUAGCAGUAGUGAACUUAGAUGGCUUGGAAAUUUCUUUCUGAAGCCACAGUGGGGAGGAAUCCUUAGGAGCUCAAAAAGUAACCAGAGUCACUGAGCUGUGUUAAAUUAAAUCUAUGUAGAUCUCCAUUUUCUAGUAGGAAGUACUUGGAGUGAUAGGGAAAGGUAUUUUCUUCAGUUGCUGUUUCUGUGCAUCUUAAAUCUAUUUGAUACAAUCAAAUGACAGUAUUGUUAACUCACAGAUUUAUUUUAUAGACCUUCACUGUGAGAAAUACAAUUGCUACUUUGACAGGGAUGAUUCCAGUUUGCCAAAAGGCUUGCUUUUCUCCCUUCUACAAAUCUCCACUUUCUUCUAGCCUGGCCAACGGUGAAACAAGUGGCUCACUUCCGACCUUGAUUUUUAUUUGGAUUCGGAAUUUUGGGUUUGGAAGUUUACAAGAAAGAACCAUAAAGGGCCAUAUUCCUGUACUUUAAUUUAUCUGCCAAAACACACAAUUCAGAAGCCAGAAAGACUAAGGAUCAUUACAGUUUCUAACUGGAGGACAGAUUGGGAAAGGCGGAUCUGAUGUUUGCUGUGAGUACCACUUGAAGAGGCUGUCAUCCUUCACUUGGUUUCAUUUCUAUGAUGUGGCCUCUCUUGAACAAAGUUAUAUAGGAACCCUCAGAAAUGGCCCCUUUACCUUUAGGGCCACAAGCAAAAGCCCCCUGGUUGUAUAUAGCCACUGAUCCCCAAGGAAUUGCAGUUAUUGACUUCUGCUGCUGUGCCUUGGGGUCAGCCUAUAACUCCCACCCAUAUUCAGUGACCGGUCUGGUCUGGACCAGGUCUGACAAACUUCUGCUCACUUGUAUCAUUUUCAUUCUGAGCCUGUAGGACUUCGGAUAAACUUUAAAGCCCCAAAUGGCACUUCCUUCAUCUAGUGACAUUUGAUUUUUGUCUCUAUCUUGAUUUUCUGGCAUUGUUGGCCAAAUCACAUUAACUUUUUUUGAUCGCUGAGAAAAACAGCCAGAGAAGGCAUUAGGGAGGAUGGUUAAGGUGGGGGUUGGUGGAGGAAUGCUUAUGUAGGGUAGAAAGAAUGUGAAAGUCCAUUGGAACCAUAGAAGGCUCCUGUGGGAAUGUCAGUGCUACCCUCUGAGCCUAUGAAGACCCCCGCCCUUUGAACUGACAGUACGAGUAGAUCACAGUUUAAAGUAGUUAGUGUAACUCUACUAAGGUUUAAUCAUAAUACUUGUUCACUUCCUGAUGCAUAUUUCCUAAAUAUGCUUGGGUGUUGGGGGCGGGGGGAGGGUAAGUUUUCACUGUUCCAUUGUGUGUCACCCUAUAUUUUUCUCCCUUUCCUGACUUUGGCAUCUUCUUUUAUUUGACUUUCCAUUUUCUUUUCCCUUGGCUUAUUAAAGUAGUCUGCUGGUGCAGGUAGAGCUCAGUGUACCUAUUCCCCUAUUACUGCUAAUUAUCUUCAAUAUUGCCAGAGGUUAUUUUGAUGUUCUAAGAAUAUAACUUCAUUUUUUAUGAAGUCAUCUUUUCCAAGUUAAAUGCAAAAUAAAAUUACUCCCUGUGCUAGGGUGCCCAUUUCAGCUUUUGACAUUGACCUUGUACUUUUAUAUUUUAUAGGUGUUCUUUUUCUCCAUGUUGUUAGUAACUAAUGACUAGUGAAUUUUCAUGUAAAUGAAGCAAAUUAAAUAUUUCACAUUUCAUUAAUCUCUCGUAACCCUGCCAAAUCUGAUGACUUAAUUUUAGUUACUUCCCAGAAGAUACUUCCCCUCCCACCUUUUAUUUUAUUCUAUUUUUAGAAUAACAUACUAGGUAAAGAAACUUUAACUGCAAGGAGUCGAUGUUUUGUGCUCCCUGAUAAAUGACGUUAUUGACAAAAGUAAGAAAUUAUUUCAUUGUUUUUUCCUGUGUUAAUCUCUCUUCUCCUGUGCCCUUGACAGUGUGUUUAGUGGGUGGAUAAUAUGUAUUUCUUUUUCCCACUCCCAGAUUCCAAAUUCCCUGCCUUUUUGGCCCACCUCACCACAAAAGCUCCAUAGUUUAUUAAUGUAAGUUUGAAUGGAUGCUUCGUAGGAGAAACUGCGGAAGUUAAUGGAAGUGUUUCAGAAAAGAAUGAAAAUGUCUCAGGAGUUGUUCUGUGAUGGAAAUUGGUUGUUGUUCUGUUAAUGCUGAUGGAAAGAAACUUACAGUGCUUAAUAAAAGUCUAUUCUU